GUCAACGUGGACAAGGAGAGGACGCGCAACCGGGGCAGCCGCUGCAUUCGAUCUCCAGCAUCAUUUCUUCGCUUUUACUCUACUACAGCAGGCGCAUGCUCGGUGCGGUCUGAUCCGCCGCCUCGCUGAAGCAAUAAAUUAACUCCAGGUUCUACCGGCGCCACCAUUAAUAGCCCGCACAACGCAAUCUUCACCCCGCGAUGGAGGUCCCAGAUGAGCCCACGACGCCUUUCGCCGCCGUCAGCGCGCAGACCAGCCGGCUGCAGAGGCAAUACCAAGCACUCCUCGACCGAUUGACCCCGUUCGUCCUCUACCGGUGGCUGGGCACGGGCGCCGCCUUGUUCAUCUUCUUCCUGCGCGUGUUCCUCGCGCAAGGCUGGUACAUCGUCGCAUACGCGUUGGGCAUCUACCUGCUCAACCUAUUCCUCGCCUUCCUGUCGCCCAAGUUCGACCCGGUCAACGAUGCGCUCGACAACGACAUGGAGGACGGCGCGAUCGGCCGGCUGCCGACCAAGCAGGACGAGGAAUUCCGGCCCUUCAUCCGCCGCCUGCCCGAGUUCAAGUUCUGGCACUCGGCCACCCGCGCCAUCCUCAUCUCCUUCGCCUGCAGCUGGUUCCAGAUCUUCAACGUGCCCGUCUUCUGGCCCGUCCUGGUCAUGUACUGGUUCAUGCUGUUCAUCCUUACCAUGAGGAAGCAGAUCCAGCACAUGAUCAAGUACCGCUACGUCCCCUUCACUGUGGGCAAGGUGCGCUACAACAAGAACAGCGCGUGAGAAGACCAGGCUGCUUUUUUUUCAGACACGACCGACGGUUGCGAGGUGGGCACUUUCCUUGGGAGACUGGAGGGUGGAACGUAUGGGCACCGGCAUUUGGCGAUAGAAGGGCUUUUUUCCCCAGAAUUCUCGAUGUAUUAUGACGCAUGCUCGGAGCUCACGACGGUCUUGGGAAAAAAGCAACUCGAUGUACCCAUAUUUUAAUCAGCCCAGCAGCCUGCGGCACUGGCUUUCGGACGGGCAGGCGAGGGCGUAAUCGUUGUGUUUCGACGGGGCCGGGUUUUGGAGUAGUUAGGGAUCUGUGCGAGCGAGCGAGCGAGGAUGGUAGACGGGUUGAACACGGGGCUUUGUGCUUGUAUCGUAUGGAGUUGGUCAGUGAAGAUCACGGUCGAUUCACGGAAGGUGUGCUCCCAAAGCCGUGAUGCGAAACAGGCUAACGCUAAGGU